AUGCUGUGGCAGUAUCUUCUCGUACACACUUCCGUGUUCUCAGGGGCUUUGGCUGCCUCAUUGAGCCCUGUACUCCACGAAAAGAGAGACAUCCCGUUGCCAGAAAUCAAACAGCGCAUUGACGGCGAUGCUAUAAUCCCCGUUCGCAUUGGUUUGCGUCAGAGCAAUCUGCAUACUGGCUAUAACAGACUCAUGGAGGUCUCUCACCCUUCCUCUGAGAACUACGGAAAGCAUCUCACCAAAGAGGAAGUCCAUGCACUCUUCGCUCCAGCCGAAGAAACCCUUGACACUGUUAAGAACUGGCUCUUUGGCACCGGUCUUGUUGACCAUAGCGAGAUCAUUCAUUAUGAAAAUAAAGGAUGGCUAGCAAUUGAUAUGCCCGCAAAACAUGCAGAGACCCUGCUGGGAACUCACUUCUACGAGAUUGAGAGCCAUAAUGGAGAUGUCCGAAUCGGAUGUGAAGAAUACUAUCUCCCUGCUCAUGUCUCCAGCCAUGUGGACUACAUCAAACCUGGAGUGAAGCUGUCUGCCCCCAUGAAGAAGAAACAGUUGCCUCAAAAGCGCAGCGUUGCCGGAGCGGACUCAUUUCAUCCAAGUCACCCUCGUAUGCCGCAUACACGGCCGCCGCAUUAUCCCGGCUGGUCACUUCCUCCAGCAGCUUGGGGAUUACCUCCUGAGCUCCAGAACUGCGGCGUCAACAUCACUCCUACCUGCAUCAAGGCUCUUUACGAUAUCCCAAAUCCAAUCUUUAGCCAACCGGAAAAUGCUAUGGGGCUGUUCGAAACCUAUGAUGCAUUCUCCCAGGAAGAUAUCUCACUUUUCUUCCAGCACUUUGCGACUAAUGUUCCAGCUGGCACAAAACCGAAUGUCAUUUCCGUUGAUGGGGGCACUGCACCAGUUGCGCCAAAUGAUACCCGAAAUGGUGGAGAAUCUGAUAUUGAUCUCGACCUCGCCAUUUCCUUGAUUUACCCCCAAACAGUCACCGUUUAUCAAGUUGACGACCUUCCGAAUUCUUCCGGUGAGACUGGGGUCAAUGGUUUCCUCAACACUUUCCUUGACAGUGUAGACGGCAGCUAUUGCGAUUACUCGGCUUUUGGUAUCACUGGGGACAGCCCAGGAGUUGACGCGUCUUACCCAGAUCCUGCUACAGACGGUUACAAAGGUCAAAAGCAAUGCGGCACAUACAACCUAACCCGAGUCGUCUCUAUUUCUUAUGGCGAGGCAGAAGUAUAUCUACCCAAAGCGUAUGUGGAGCGUCAGUGCAAUGAGAUCCUGAAGCUCGGCCUGCAGGGCCAUACCAUCCUUGUCGCCAGUGGUGACUACGGUGUAGCCAGCUUCCCCGGUAGUAACGGGGAUGCCGAAGGUUGUCUCAGCAGCGGUACUAUGAACGGAACCAUUUACAACCCUGACUAUCCAGCCGGAUGUCCUUAUAUAACCGCAGUUGGUGCAACAAGAUUAUACCCCAACGAUACUGUCCACGACGCCGAAUCAGCCAUGCAAGUCAAUCUGACCGCCUUCAACAUUGCCACCGGCGCUGGCCCAACUUCUCCUCCUUACGACUUCUUUGCGACCGGCGGUGGUUUCUCCAACUAUUUCAAACCAGCUCCUUUCCAGGCGCUUGCGAUCGAGGAGUAUCUCAAGAAAGAUCUUCCAUAUCAGAGUUUACCCUAUUAUGAGAUCAAUGCGGAUGCUACCAACAUUGGUGAAAAGGGCGGUGUCUACAAUCGCAUUGGUCGUGGAUAUCCGGAUGUUUCUGCAAAUGGUGCCUUCUUGCUCACAUAUGUGAAUCAAACAGCGGGGACUUUCUUCGGUACCUCUCUGGCAUCCCCUAUCUUCGGAGCCGUGGUGACGCUCCUCAACGAGGCACGUAGUGCUGUUGGAAAAGGCCCGAUUGGAUUCAUCAAUCCGGCAUUGUAUGCAAAUCCCUUCGUCUUAAAUGAUAUCACCAACGGCUCCAACCCCAACUGUGGUUCUCAGGGCUUUCAAGCAUCCCAAGGAUGGGACCCAGUAACAGGCCUUGGUACACCAAACUUUCCUCGCAUGCUGGCAUAUUUCCUCAGCCUGCCAUAGACCUCGGGACUCUCUGACGUUCGGGGCCUGUUCGCCAUAUCCAUGUAAAUAUUCUUUGCAUCAACCAGAAUAAAAUAUGGUCCACAGAAGU